ACUAAUUGCGAGAACACACAAACGAUAUAUAAGACUCUACACACAAGCACGAUUUUAGUGUACUUGAGAUUUGGGGUACGAAGGACGUGCGGGAGGCUAGUGCAGAGUCCAUACCCAAAGAUCGACACUCACAGCAACCAUGUGUGACGACGAAGCCACUGCCCUUGUCGUUGACAACGGCUCCGGGAUGGUCAAGGCUGGCUUCGCCGGUGACGACGCUCCCAGGGCCGUGUUCCCCUCCAUCGUCGGCCGACCUCGUCACCAGGGUGUGAUGGUCGGAAUGGGUCAGAAGGACGCCUACGUCGGCGACGAGGCCCAGAGCAAGCGAGGUAUCCUGACUCUCAAGUACCCCAUCGAGCACGGCAUCAUCACCAACUGGGACGACAUGGAAAAGAUUUGGCACCACUCUUUCUACAACGAGCUCCGCGUUGCCCCUGAAGAGUCUCCCGUCCUCCUCACUGAGGCACCCCUUAACCCCAAGGCCAACCGUGAGAAGAUGACCCAGAUCAUGUUCGAAACUUUCAACACCCCCGCCAUGUACGUGGCCAUCCAGGCUGUGCUGUCCCUGUACGCCUCUGGCCGUACCACUGGUAUCGUGCUCGAUACAGGAGAUGGUGUUACCCACACCGUCCCCAUCUAUGAAGGUUACUGCCUUCCCCAUGCUAUCCUCCGUAUUGACCUUGCUGGCCGUGACCUGACCGCUUACCUUAUGAAGAUCAUGACUGAGCGUGGUUACUCCUUCACUACCACGGCUGAGCGAGAAAUCGUACGAGACAUCAAAGAGAAACUUUGUUAUGUUGCUCUUGACUUCGAGAACGAGAUGAAUAUCGCUGCAGCGUCGUCUUCUGUUGAAAAAGCAUAUGAACUGCCAGACGGUCAAGUCAUCACCAUUGGCAAUGAGCGCUUCCGCUGCCCGGAAGCACUUUUCCAGCCUUCCUUCCUGGGCAUGGAGUCAGUCGGAGUGCAUGAGACGGUGUACAACUCCAUCAUGAGGUGCGACAUUGAUAUCAGGAAGGACUUGUUCGCCAACAACGUUCUGUCUGGCGGCACAACCAUGUACCCUGGUAUUGCUGACCGCAUGCAGAAGGAAAUCACUGCCCUGGCUCCUCCCACCAUCAAGAUCAAGAUUAUUGCUCCACCCGAACGUAAAUACUCCGUCUGGAUCGGUGGCUCCAUCUUGGCCUCCUUGUCCACCUUCCAGGCCAUGUGGAUAACCAAGGACGAGUAUGACGAGUCUGGCCCCGGCAUUGUCCAUCGCAAGUGUUUCUAAGAGAUAUUUUUUUAUGGUAUAUUUCUUGCUAUUUCCUUUUUUAUUUGCUCAUCUGAUAUCACCUUUAUAAUUCAUGGGCAAAUAAUUAUAAAAAAAUAUAUGAAUAUAACAACCGUAUAACACUUCGAAUACUGUUUCAUUUCCUUUACAUCAAACAAACAUUCCUCUCAUAUACACAUCAGUGACACCUCGUACCCACCAGCACUUGAACAAUACAAUAUGAUGUGACCUGAAGGAAGUAAAGCAGUUUGUCACCCAUUGAUUGUAUGUGACAACCGCCUGAUUAUGUCAAGCUGUUAUAAAUGCACCAACCUGAAAAAAGUAAUAACAGUUAUACUAAUAAUAACGUUCAUUAUGUUGAUAAAUAAAUAAUAACCCACAUUUUU